GCCUACGCCAAGGAUGGCACAAACGGAUAGAAGCGCGUAUGCCGAUGUAGCCAUCCCGCAAACUGUUGUGCAAACUCCAUCGAAAGAUUGGGAAACUUUUAUGACUCCGGAAGCGGUUCUGAAACAGUAUCCAAGCUCCCUGACGGACUUCGAAAAGCAGGAAAUUUUGAAAUAUCCUGAAAUUUACUAUAUUGGUUUACCACAGAAGAAGAUUCAAGUUGUCGGAGGGCAGGGGCGAUACAAUUAUGGUUUUGAUACUGAGAAGGGAGACUACAAUGCCAUCAUGCAGGACCAUAUCGCUUACCGAUAUGAAAUUCUUGGGAAGCUUGGCAGAGGCAGCUUUGGCCAGGUGUUGAAGUGCACAGAUCACAAGUACAAAGUUCCGCGAGCCAUUAAAAUCAUUCGCAACAAGAAGCAGUUCACCCAGCAGGCCUUCAUUGAGAUUAAUCUGUUGGAGUUCCUGAGAAACAAGGCUGCAGAAGAAGGAGUAGAUUACAACAUUGUGACGAUCUACGAAAGCUUCGAAUUUCGGGGGCAUCUAUGUCUGUCUUUUGCAGUGCAUGACAUCAGCCUGUUCGACAUGCUCAAGAAGAACCAUUUCGAAGGGUUCAACUUGAGCCUUGUCAAGUGCUUUGCCAGACAAGUACUUGUGUCGCUCCAGUUUUUGCACAGAGCGCGUAUUAUCCACGGCGAUUUGAAGCCGGAGAACAUACUACUUCAACAACCUGCUUCUCCGAAAAUCAAGCUAAUUGAUUUUGGAUCCAGUUGUUUCGAGCACGAACGAAUUUAUACUUACAUACAGAGUAGAUUCUAUCGCGCUCCGGAAGUCAUCCUUGGAUUGCCGUAUGACAUGAUGAUUGACGUGUGGAGCUUCGCUUGCAUUCUUGCCGAGUUGUUCACAGGAUAUCCUUUGUUUCCUGGGGAGGACGAAGUGGAACAGCUUGCUUACAUGAUGGAAGUUCUCGGGACCCCGCCGCUAUCCCUCAUCAGUCAAGCAAAACGCAAGAAGAUGUUUUUCGAUUCCGACAACAAGCCGAGGAUCGUUCCAAACUCAUCCGGCACGAGGCACUUCCCAAGCACGAAAGAUCUCAGGAUGGUUGUCGGAUGCAGUGACAAAAGCUUCGUAAACUUCUUGUCAUGCUGCUUGAAGUGGGACAAAGAACAACGCAUGACUCCUCAGCAGUUGCUAAAACACGAGUGGAUCACACAGGUCCAGCCUCUCAACGAGGUCGUGAAAUACGUUCGUCAAAGCUCUAGAAGAAGGUCCUCGAAAUCAACGAAGAAGCCAUCAAUGAAGCAAACGAAGCUGCAGAUCCAUUAGCGUGUAGGCUAGAAUGUGUUUAUCCAGUCCGACUAACUUAAUCAGGGAGGCUUUAAAAGCUGCCCUGGGAAUCGAUCCGUUA